GUGAGCGCGAGCGCGUAAUUGUAUGGAGGGCGGGGGGAGCGCGAGACAGACAUCCCGCGGGUGGAAGCGCCUUUUCCUCACAGAAAUCGAACAAGUGAGAAACUGUUGCUUCUUGAUGAUAUCUUAACAAAGAAAUUGCCAUAUUUGACUUUUAAAUAGUAAUUUGGUUACUAAAUAAUAUUUUACAAGUGGCAGUAGUAGUUUAAUGAUUCCCAAAGAUAUUAAACGACAGAAGUAGGCGUGUUUAAAGUGAACUGACUUGAAGACGCAGAAAAGGCUGCAAAGAAGCAGCAAAAGGAGAAGACAAUAGAUAUUGCAAGCUGACAACAGUCAGAGCAGAGUGACCGUUAAAGAAAAACCCGAAGGCGCGAGAUUCUCUGACAUAUUCUGAGCUGUUAGCUCACGCGAGAGGAGCUGCUCUGUCGUGCGGAGUUACUCAUCAAUUUUCAUAUUCUCUGGGAACUUUUAAGUGAGAAACAUGUCAAGAUGCCAGAGGUGGUUGAUCUUGGGACCUGAAUGUUACUCAGCUGAAGUUUGAUGAAGACCAGCAGGAAUUGAAAAUCAACACGAGUGCUGUGAGCCUGAUUUAAAAUUGUACCUCACAAUCCAUUUACCAUCAGGCUUACAAGACGUUUUCAAGCGAAGCACUUAAACCUAAGCAUUUGAAGGUUUAAGAUUGUCACAAAAAGACAAAAUAAUAUAUAACGUGGAUUGUUUUUGAUAAAUUUGAAUCACAGCUUUCUUCUAUGAGAGGAGGGGCAGAGUUUGUUUAUAUGCUGCAGUGGAUAUGGACUUUACUGGGAAUUCCUCAGAACGCUUCUUGAACUUCUCAUGGAAAAAUGAGCCACACCGCUGUCACUUCACCAAUCUAUAAGGAGACGUAACAGCCACACAGCAAUCCCUGAGAAAUACACAUCCACAUCACCUGAUAGAAUCUCAUCCACGGACAAAAAUUCGGAGACACCAAAUCCCUCAUGUUGCUUAUAUCAGACAAGCAAUAUACAUUUAUAUGACAAUAUAAACCCACUGGAUCAUCCAGAAUUGCUGUUCAUCGCGAUAACUGGAUCCAAUGUGUUUCACUCAGAAGAGCGGGUACUGGUUAGAGGGCUGGCUGUUAUGAUUUUAUUGUAUUAAAUGCAAGCAGAAAGGUAAAAUAACAGAAAUUGAAACUUUAAAAGGGAAUGAACACAAACAUCCUUUAAGACAUUGUUCCAUAUAGGACAUUUGAUUUUUUUGUUGCUGAAGGUGGAUUUUUCAUAGCGAAAAACUAUUUAUUUUCGUUUAUUUCUGAGACACAAGCCACGUUUCAUCGUAUCUGACUCCCUCGUUAAUUUUUCUAUCUUACCUUAGUCCUUUUUCCUUCCCAGAGUUCAUUCUGGCCGGGCCUGUUUCUUCUAAAGGGGAGGAGGACUUCCUCUCUAUUGCUGCCUCACGCCUCAGCCGCAGGAAGCGCGUUAUUGGCGCGGCAGUGGGCGUGGCCAUGGUACUGGUGCUACUGGUCGCUAUUCCGCUAUUGGUCCACAGCACCAAACUGGGUGGGUCUGGAGGUGGAGGUACACAUUAUGAGAUGCUUGGAAGCUGUAAGAUGGUUUGUGACUCUCUAACGCCCACCAAUGAACUAACACCUGUUUCGCCUCCUCCUCACGACAUCCCUGGACGCAGAGGGGGAGGCAAGUCAGGUUUUCGCGGAAACCAAGGCCCACCAGGCCCACGUGGGCCACCUGGAGAACCAGGAAAACCAGGUCCGCCUGGACCUCCAGGUCCAGGCCCAGGGGGAUACAUCCCAUCGUUCUACAGCCCCAAAAUAGCCUUCUAUGCUGGUCUGCGCAAGCAGCAUGAGGGGAGCGAAGUACUCAAGUUUGAUGAUGUGGUGACAAAUGUAGGGAAUUACUAUGAGCCUACCACAGGCAAGUUCACCUGCCCUCUUCCUGGAAUCUACUUCUUCACCUAUCACGUGCUCAUGAGGGGCGGAGAUGGAACUAGCAUGUGGGCCGACCUCAAGAAGAAUGGACAGGUGAGGGCCAGUGCGAUCGCUCAGGACGCAGAUCAGAAUUAUGACUACGCCUCUAACAGUGUGAUCCUGCAUUUAGAUGUGGGAGAUGAGGUCUGUGUGCAGCUGGAUGGUGGAAAAGUGCAUGGAGGAAACACCAACAAAUACAGCACAUUCAGCGGCUUUCUCAUCUACCCUGACUAACAAAUACAUAAACACAAAUACAGUAUCACAUAUUUAACACCAUCACACCAGACUGAUUGAUAAACAACAACAUUUGAUUCAAGUGAUACAACACUUGAAAUAACAUCAAGAGGAAACAUUGUAAAGUUAACUUAACAUAAAAUUGAAAGUAUACUUUCCGAUUAUAGCUAUAAUAAAGUCAUCAGCAUUGACAACCUAUUUUACUCUUAUAAUAUGAUUUAAUUCCAAGGAAAAUAGUAUUUUAAGUGAGAAAGAGAAAGACAGGUGCACAAUCUAAACGUGAAAAAAGCUUAAUAUAUUGAAUUUAAAGCAGAAAAAACUUCCAAUGAAUUAUGACAACAUGCAAAAAAAUGGUUCUGAUAAGAAACAAUGACUUUUUUUUCACUUCGCAAGCAGAGCAAGUUAUUACAUUUUAAUUAAAGAUUACAUAGACAAACGUGUUUUUUCUUUGGAAUAAUGUGCACAGAUGAAUCGAUCACAAAAACACCAUUAAUGUGUAUUAAGAAAGUAAACAGGGGUCAGUUUUCAAACAUUGCUAACAGUCCUCUUGAUGUGGUCAUGUUGUAUUUACUACUUUUUAAGGCAUUAACUUGAAAUAUAGACUGGAGCCCAUCAGUGGUGAACAGUAUGUUUAUUAUUAAGUUUAUAUUUUUUUAUGUUAGAUUGCCUAAAGGCUACAAUAUGCCUUUUAAAAUCUUGUGUGCAAUGCUCAUCCAGAUCCAUAUAUCAUUAGGCUAAAAAAAGAAAACUACAUUUAAGGAUUACCUAAUUAUUUUGUUGCAUUUUACUAAAUCUUCAUCCUCUGCAUCAUGUGUAUGUGUGUGCGUAACUUGGAAAAGGAUGUAUGCAUUCCAUGGCAUGGAAACUAUGUUUUUAACCUCUAUGUCUACUAAGUAUGUACACAGUGUUUAUACUGGAGAAAUUUUGAGACUAUUGUGAAAUUAUAGAUGAUAAUUAUAAAUUAUUCACUCUCUGUAUAAUGGCACAAAACAUCAGUUAGUGGACUAAACAUUUAAAAGUGACCUGAUCCAUCUGUAAUCGGAAAACAUCCAGUUUCUCUGUGUGUGUAUGUGUGUGUGUGCAUGUAUCAGCAAUUUAAGUUUUUAAGUGUGUGUCCAUAUCAAUAAAAAGUGUUUGAAAUUUGCUUCUAAAUAUUUGACUUGUAGAUUGAUUGCUGUUGUAAAGCCUUGCUGUUGUGUAAUUAAUCAUUAUUAGAGAGUUUUAUUCUGGCAUGUUAAAGACUACAUGCUGUAAAUAA